UUGUGCAGCCCUACUGCUGUUCUCCCAGUUCUUUGGCUCGUUGUUAUUAUUAAAUUUAUGGAUAUAUUUCGUACUUAAUGCAAAAUUCAAUCAAUUCGGGUGGCAACAAGCGACAGCUGCGAUUCCGCGGCGAUGUCAGUGGUGCCAGCAGUCGCGUGGAGGAGCUCCAACACCACCAAGAAGAAAACAGACAACUGAAACCAAAGCAGCAGCCGCUCUCCCAGGAUGACGUUGCAGCGGCAACGGCAGCGACGUCGGCUGCCCAGCAGCGACUACAAAGUGGCCCCACUGAGACUGGUGCCAAUACCUUUCUGGACUUUUUCAAAGUGGAAAUGACACGCGGCUACAUGCUGGAGCAUGACGAGGAGCGUUACUCGGCCCGCCGCCAGAAGAUCUAUAGCUUCAUGAGGAUACCGCGCGACCUGGAACGCUUCAUGAUCUAUGGCAUAAUGCAGUGUGCCGAUUCCUUUUUCUACAUACACACAUUUCUGCCCGUUCGCUUUCUGCUGGCCGUCUGGGCGCUGGUCACACGAACGGUGGCCAGGAUUUGCCGGCUGCGCAGCAGCGGACAACGUUUGCUGUCACCCGCGGAGAUCUGUGAUCUGCUCAAGGGUGCCAUCUGGAUAACAGUGACGCUGCUGAUGCUUCUCGUGGACACGAAUCGUGUGUAUCACAUCAUCAAAUCGCAGUCCAUCAUCAAGUUGUAUAUUUUCUACAACAUGCUGGAGGUGGGCGAUCGUUUGUUGUCCGCCUUUGGCCAGGAUACCAUCGAUGCGCUGUUCUGGACAGCCACCGAACCAAAGAACUCCAAGCGGGAACACUUUGGUGCCUUUACGCAUGUCAUUCUGACGCUCACUUAUGUGUUUCUGCACAGCGGUUUAAUUAUGUUUCAGGCCACCUGCUUGAACGUCGCUCUCAACUCCAACAACAAGGGACUGCUGACCAUUAUGAUAUCCAACAAUUUCGUGGAGCUCAAGGGUUCGGUCUUCAAAAAGUUUGACAAAAACAAUCUCUUCCAGUUGACGUGCAGCGAUGUGAGGGAACGUUUCCAUCUGUCGAUUCUGCUGUUCAUUGUGAUUAUACAGACGAUGAAGGAGUUUGACUGGAGCUUCACGCAGUUCUAUGUGAUGGUGCCCGACUGCAUUGCGGUGCUGUUCACGGAGAUUCUGAUUGAUUGGGUGAAGCAUGCCUUUAUCACGCGCUUCAAUGAGCUGCCCGAGAGCAUCUAUCGGGAGUAUACCACAAGUCUCGCCUAUGACAUGACACAGACGCGGCAGAAGCACGCCUUCUCGGAUCACUCCGAUUUGGUGGCACGCCGCAUGGGCUUCAUACCAUUCCCAUUGUCUGUCGUGCUCAUUAAAGCUAUUUAUACGGCUGUCUCCUUUCACAAUCUGGCUGCCUGGCUGCUCUUUCUGCUGGCCUAUCUGUUCGCGCUAGGUUUGAGAAUUUGCCUAACGAUUUGUGCACUCGGCAAGGCCUGCAAACUGAUGAAGGAACAUCAAACGGAACGCAAUAGUUCCACGCCGAGCAGCAUGACUAAUAUGCCUUUUGUUGGCGGCACAGCCAGCAGCUCGGCACAGCCAUUCCAUCAGCCACCGAACAAUUAUAACAACAACAAUAACAACAGCAUUGCCAGCAAGGCAACAGCGGCAGCCAGCACGACGGCAAAUGUAAUUAUGUUGACGCCACCCUGCGCCGACAUGAGUCACAAUUUCUCACGCUCAUCGCUGCAGUCCACGUCCACGCCCAAGAAGGCAGUCAGCGAACUGGAGCUGGACGUGACCAACUCACUGGAACUGGGCGCCACAGCGCUGUUCUCCAACAGCGAUGUGGAUCUGGAUGAUGUGUGCCUGAACGAGCAGGUGACCAACACCAAUACGAGUUCUGCCGUCCAGGAAGUCUACCAGGAACAGGAUCUGGCACGCAGUCAGCCAGACUUGCUGCAGCUCAACAAUUCCGGCUCCUCCGGUGAGGCCAACGGCAGCAGCAGCGGCAGCGCAUUGACGGCCAAGCAGGCGGCCAAGCGACCGCCGAAGCGCACACACAAACGCUCCGAAUCGGAGCCGCUCAUCCAGAGUCUGGCCGAGAAGCCUGGCAGCGCUUCGGGAGGAAUGUCUGGCAGCAAUCAAACGACACAGCUCUAGCCAUAAAUCGAUGCUAAAUUAUUAACUCUUUUAUCGUUUAUAUUAGUUGUGUUUUUUUGAUCUUUUUGUAAAACAAUUUAGUUGCCGUUUUUGUAAUAGAAUACGUAAGGAUAAGCGAAAUGGAUUUAGUUUAAGGAAAUAUAUGAUUUUAAUGUUCUCUAAAA